UCAGCCGCCCUGUUCCCGCCGCGGCGGCGCGGCCGGGGGCUGCCGGAGCGCGGGGCGGCGCUGAGGGCCGGGCCGGGCCGGGCCGGGGCGGCGGCGGACGAUGCUGGCAGCGCUGUGCGGUGCUUCGCCCCGACGCACCGGCUCCUCCCCUUCCCGGGCCGGGCGGGGCUGCGCUGCUGCAGGGACCUGCCCGUUAAGAGCCGCCCCCCGCCGCCGCCGCCGCCGCGCUCCGCCGCCGCCCCACCUCGCGCGGCGCCGCCAUGGUCUCCUGGAUCAUCUCCCGCCUCGUGGUGCUGAUCUUCGGCACCCUCUACCCCGCGUACUCCUCCUACAAGGCCGUGAAGACGAAGAACGUGAAGGAAUAUGUGAAGUGGAUGAUGUACUGGAUUGUGUUUGCCUUUUUCACCACAGCAGAAACACUUACAGACAUUGUUCUUUCUUGUCGUCUCCCUUUGUCUCUGUACUGAUCUUGAUUCCAGUUCUCCAUCUUUCUCUCUCUUUUUUUCUUCUUCCCUUUCUUUCUCUCAGGUUUCCCUUUUAUUUCGAGUUGAAAAUCGCAUUUGUGAUUUGGCUGCUGUCCCCUUACACCAAGGGCUCCAGUGUCCUCUACAGGAAGUUUGUGCACCCAACGCUCUCCAAUAAGGAGAAGGAAAUUGAUGAAUAUAUCACUCAGGCUCGUGACAAGAGCUAUGAAACCAUGAUGCGAGUUGGCAAGAGAGGGUUAAACCUGGCUGCCAAUGCAGCCGUUACUGCAGCUGCAAAGGGCCAGGGAGUUUUGUCUGAGAAGCUGCGAAGUUUCAGCAUGCAGGACCUCACUCUGAUCCGGGAUGAGGAUGCUGUGCAUUUGCGGAGCCACGAGCCACAGUUGCACCCCUCUGGUGGAAGUCUCCUUGAAACCAUUGAGGAUUCAGCUUCCUGUUAUUCCUCAGGAGAGGAGGGCAGUGUGGCACAGAGAUCUAAUGAAGCCCCAUCCGAGACUAGAACAGACCCAUCAGAUGAAGAUGCAGGAGACAAACUGCCUAAACGUACCCAGAGCCUCAAAGCUUCUAAGAAGAUGACAAAAGCUGAGCUUCCAGUAAGAAGUGUGAAAGCUCGCCCCAAGAAGAAAACUGCAGGCUCUGUUGCUUCUAUCGAGUCAUCCUAAGGAGACCUCCCCCUCCCCAGCACCUGUCUCUGUCCCAGGAUUUGCCUGUCACCUUCGAGGGGAAACUCCAAAGGAAGAGAGCUGAGAUUCAUGUACAUAACAGCUACUGCUUUGUAGAGCUCAUUCCAAGGCAAGGGGGAGGCUGAGAUUUAGAACAUGAAGUAGAGGAUACACAUCCUCCAGAAUUUUCUCCUUUUCAUCCCUCUGUUGGAGGGAAUGCCAAUAUGUCUGUACAUAGCCUGUUGCUUUGGGAUUCCCUCUGUAUAACCCUAGUUGGGGAGAAUCUUUGCUGGAAGAACUGACUAGGGUUAGAGACAUCCACUGCACAGAAGCUGGAAAAAAUAUUAGACACUGGAGUUCCACAGGGGUGGGUGGCUCCCCAAAAUGUCUUAUCUUGCUCUGGGUAUCCUUCUGCAGCUGCGUGUUGUUAAGAAGUGCCCAAUAUAAUUCAUUCUCCUUUAGGAUGACCAGUACCUGUCAUGUGCAGCCCCUUUCAGAAGGGGACUGAAAUGGUGUGUGCUAAGUACUUUUGAACAUAAAAAGGACUGGCUGCUGGGAGGAAUGUGGCAGAUUCCAGUUCCUGGUACUGGAAGAUAAGAGUUUGAUUUUUUUAUUUUAUUUUAUUUUUCCAGAAGGUCGAGUGAGGGAAUUGAAAAACUGAAUUAUGAAGAAAAAGUGCUAGUAUAUGCACAUGUGAUGGAGCAGAUACAGAUAUUUGUAAGAGUUAACUAUUGAGAAGAAAAGUGGGGCAUCCGUAAGGUUUUUGGCUUGCUCCUUGAAGCUGCUUGAGCUGCUUGAAUUUUAUUUCGAGUUCUCUUUUUCACUUUGAUACCUGUAAGAACAUCAGUGAGAGAAGGAAAAAUGGGCAGGGAGAACGUGGGCAGGGAGUGGUUGAACGCCGCAUCAUCCUGAUGGUUGUUACCACAAAUUCUUUCAUUAUGAUGGUGACUAGGGAAAACCUGGCUCAAUACAGUCUUCAGACAUACAUGAGAAAUUCAAGAAGCCCUUGUCUCUCAGCUUUAGGAGAGCCAGUCCUCAGAGCAUGAAAAGUGAAAAAACAGUUGAAGUGUGAAGUUCACUAAUCCCGGGAUUCCAUUUAUGGGGGCGGAGGGGAAAGAGGGAGCGGGGCACAGUGUUGGGAUUAAUCAGUCCUCUUGCUUCACCCUACUGCAGCCCUUGGACAAUCUUCUUCUGUCUGACCAUGUGCCAUAUUUAUCAAUGUCCUGAGGCAUGAGCAAUAUGCAACACUUGGGACAGAACUGCAUUGAAAGUAGGGUAUAUUCUGUGGGAGUGAGACUGCAGUACUGCAGAGAAAAUUGGAGUCAUGCCAAGCCAUCCCAGAUUCUAAUCUGUCGAGAGUUGUUAAGGGGAGAUCCCCUAUACAGGUACCAGCAGGUUCAGUGGGGAUUUAUGAGAUGAACACAGCUGCUGUUGUUGAGAUACAUAAUGGGGGACCACCGUUAUAAACAUGGCUGGCUGAACAACUACUCCAUGGUCUUAAUCCUUACGGAAACUAGCAACCAAAGGAAUCUAGCUCCUCCUUCCCGACUGAGGACCACUCUUGGCUCUAGGUGCAGGCGUUCUUGUUUGCCUGUGUCUUUUGCUGUCAUAUUUCUGAAACUGUGGUGGACUCUUUGCUGAACCCCGGUGUUUUGCUGCUGACAAUGCAUAGAAGCACUUCUGCAGAUAAGGCUGCGCACGUAUUUCUGUCCUAAACGACAUCCCUUCAGAAGCUUAUAACUUUGAAGAUUGGGACUGAAAUUUUGCUCGUUUUCCAUUGUCAUGGUGGCAAAUUUUUAUGAAUUGCCUAGCUAUUUGGGGAAAAAAAAUAAGGAAGAAGUUAUUUUUGCUUUUAUUUAUAGCUUUACAGGCUGUGUCAGAAACCUGCAUCUUGUCAGAAAUGCUUGUCCUAAUUUAUCCAUAAGUCCUUUGAGGGCCCAGUAGAAAAUCUGUUUGAUUUGGCUUUUAGGUUUGAGUUAAAAAAAAAAAAAAUAGGAGUUUGCUCUUUUUAGUUUGUUACCGAACAGUGUGUCCAUGUAUCCCUAGUAUUGUACAUUAUACAUGCAAUUGCCUGUAGUGAAGCAGAAAUUCUGUUUCCAAUGGAAAUCCCUCUUUCCGUUCGAGGGAUAAAAUAUAGGAGAGGAAAUCUUUAUUGAAUGUAUAGAAGACUCAAUUGCGAAGAACUGCUGUCCUAGACUAUACUAUAUUGAGCGAGAUAGAACAGUUAUUCUCUAUCCACCAAGUACCUCUAUGACCACAUUACUUGAACUUUUUUAACAUAAAACUCUCCAUAGCAAAUUCUUUAUCUAAAGGAUUGUGAAGAACUUGAUUUGGAAGCAAAGGAUUAGAUAGUCUGCCCUUGUGCUGAUUUUCCUGCCUAUUCCUUGUACAUGUGUUGCGCUAGUCUCAGAUUACUCAGUUUUCAUACAGUGAUUUUCAAGAAUACUUUCUAGAAUCAGUUCAUUUAUAGCAAUUCUCCCUGUUCUGAAAUGCAGGAAGGAUUUCUAAAGAUUUGAUUUGGGUGUUUGGAUUUACCUCUGUCUUCCUGAACUAGAUUGUGUGCUAAACUUUUACUUAGCAUUGCUGUUUAAUGCCAUUAGCCUGUGGGUGAGGAUGGGUCAGUUUUACUCUGGCUUGUUGUACGGAAAAAUUAAAUGAAUUCUUGUCAUAAGAGUCUGGAGUGGAAUCAGGGACUACGUCUAGUAUGAGAUGUGACGCUGAUGAUGUCAGGCAACAGAACUUACCCAGAGCAAGAACAGUGUCUUAGCAUGGCCACUGUGUUCUUCUUCCAGUAUAAGUGUAAGUGACUGCUAGAUUUAGCUCUGCUUUAUCAAAGCCUCUGCAGAUCUGCCACCACCUAUGUGAUAGAUUAGGGAGUUUCUAGAUAUAGUUCUGCACUGGAUGGCAUGGUCAUGCAUAGAAGUUCUCUUGUUAAUGAGAAUGCUGAAUGUGCUGUUUUGGUAAAAUGCUUUUAGCAGCUGUUGUUCAGUGUUUUCAGCAGAAAAUGCUAAAAUGUAGUUCCUAUUCAGUAUCUUCUGUGGGCUUCAUUGUGCAGUUAAGCAAAUGGUUAAAUCUUCACCUCGCAGUAGAACCCACUGUGUUCAAUGUUUAUACCCCUUUCCUAAUAUGCCUAGGCACAGAGAUAAACACAAUAAGAGGAAAUGAUACCUGAGGUUUUUAGGGUUGUGUGCCUAAAAAUUGUCCAAAAGUACCUGCACCAUGAGAUACAAAGUGAAGCCAUGACUUCCUUUCGGAAGGAAGUGUCAUACCUCUACACUUUAUAAUGCUAUCAGUCAGUGUUCUGCAGUUGGAAAAGAAAACCGUGAAACAUGGUUUCCCUUCUGGGAAACAUAAUGACUUGCUGCAUAGAAGGGAAGAAUGUUUUUCUCCCUUGGCAGUGCCCUCCUGGAUAGGUAAGAAAUAGGAAAAGAGAGAGGAGACUACUGUAAGGUCUUGAACCCCCCAUUCCAGCUAAAUAUCUUGAUUUCUUACUGUUCUUCAGGGAUUUUCUGAUUCUCCAGCCUUAUGUUUCCUAGGGCCUAGGGGGACUGAUUUCUUUUAGACUAGAUUAUAAGUAGAGGGAGUAUUAGAGAAGGAGAUGCUAGAGUUCUUAAAGUUGGAAAGCUUGUUCUUGGGAAAACCACACCUUCCCCCAGUUUAGUGCAGUGUGUUCCGUUCAUUGUCCUUUGGCAGUGGUGGGCUUGCUUUAUUAUACGUCCCUGUUGGAAGUAUGACUCCUUCACAAUAUUUCUGCCUUGAAAAGCAAGAUUUCCAGAGAACCCUGACUUUCCAGAAAUUGAUGCUUUUGAAUUUUAUUUAAUUUGCCAUCUUAAUCAGCAGGACAUACAGUGCCUUAGGAGGAAAGUGGGAUAAUUAUGGAACACACUACUGGUUCUCAGAUCUGCGCAGAGCAUUGUACCAAGGAGGCUUGCAUGUUAAAUGCGAAAUGUCAUUGUAUGUUUGAGAGCAGCUGUUAAAUUGAGCUGGGUUUUCCUAACUGUUUUCCAAACUUGCAUAUGAUGCUGGAAAGUAUAACUUGUUGCCAAAGAGAGGAAUCUAAACAAGAACAUUCUUACCCUACUUUCUGAUGGGGACACUGUAUUAUCAUGUUACUCUGCAACUCGCUGAGGAGAUGCUGAACCACAUUGCUCUAUGUGACUGGUCAAUACUCUAGUUUUUCUUGCUCAGCCUACUAGGAAUCUGUAAUCUGCCACUUAGCUGAGGCAUCUUGUGGUGCUGCUCUCUGAGUUGCCCUAUGAAGUCAGAUAUGCGGAAAACCAGCAAAGUAUUCUGAAGCUGUAUGAGUUUGUGUGCUCUAUAUGUGCUCUGAAGCCUACUGAAUUUAAUGUUUAAGAGCCUGUAUGUGCAUAUAUGCAUAUGCCAUGUGGGGAUAUGCUUUAGUGUUACUGAGGAGAAAGGAUGUCUGGUCACCCUUCCUCUGGAAUUUGGCACUAUUACAAGAAGCUGUAAACAUGACUCAGUCUUACAUUAUUUCUAGGUAUUGUUAUGAACGUGCUAAGCCUAGAGGCCUCAAAAGAGAUCUUAACAGGUGUCCAGAGUAACUUGUUUGUGAGAACAAUUGGUUUGAAUAGUAACUGAAAACAGUAAACUUGCAUAUCAACUAAGAACCUGUGCUAUGAUUUAGGACAGAAAAUGAGGCUACAAACAGUAAAGAUUUGCCCAGGAAAUAUCACUAGCUCUUUCUACGCCUCAAGCACCGUACAGAUUAGAGCCUGGUUUCUCACUCACAGCACCUCUGACUCUGUCUUACCUUUCUAAGCUGGACUUGAACAACAUGCAUUCAAACUCUUGAACCUUUCAUCACGUCAGAACAAUAAAGUUUGAAUCCUUUCUCAGCAGUCAUAUAGACUGCAGGGAGGGCUGGAUGAGUAUCGAGUCUCUUACGUCGUUUUGUUGUAGAUGCAUUAUACUGGGGAAGCAGCAGCAGGGAGCUCCAAAGGAAGCAUUCAUCUGGGAAAUUACCUGCGUUCCCCACCACCACCACCACCCCUGCAAGGCUGUAUUUUUGGACCAGAAUGAUGCACUAAACUCUGAACUUUGCUACACAUAUACACAGGCAUCUGCAGAAUCCCAAAGUCCAAUAUCAGAACUGCCAUUUCUCUAUUUACAGUGAAGACCUGGAAUCAAAAUAAUACAGAAUGCAGAAAAAAUGUGCAUCUGCUUUUGUUUCUCUUCAGUGUUGCAGGUAAAUUUAGGUCUUUGCUGCUGCUUUCCCCAAAACAUUUCCAUAGCCCCUUGCAAGUAAACCAUUAUGCUCUGUUUCUUGGCUCCUGUCUUCUCACAACCUAGUUACAGUUCUCAUAUUUCCUUACAUUAAGUAAAGGAUUACAUUUUGCUGACUGUAGAGACACAAAAAUGCCUUCUUUAAAACCCAAAAUUUAGCCUUUUUCCAUUAUCUCAUUAUCCAGUCUUAUGCCCUAGCAUCAUACAGUGACUUGUACAACAAGGCCUCAGGCUGGGACCCAGGUGGAACCUGAGCAUGUUACUAUUAGCAUGGUUUGCUAUAUAUCUCUCCUUGAAGUAGGUUCUGGCUGCAAUCUGCCUAAUGCCGACGCUUUGGACAGGAGUAUUCUAUGUUUAACCAAAUAAUGUUAGAAGUAAUGUCUGUGGGAGGCUGCAAAACUGAACGAACUCUUAAGCAGCAAGAGUCUGAGCCUUCUGUAACAUGUAAUUGUUUCAGACUGUACGUGAAGGGUUUGCAGCAACAGUAAAAAUGCAUUGCCAUACUGAGUCAUCAAAGGUGGGGAAUCGAGUUGGGUUCUUUGUAGCAGGUCAGGGAGGAGAGGAUCUGACCAUCAAUUUGACCUGUCAUAGUAUGUCUUCAUUGCAAUAUUGUAGGAAUAGCAGGUUAGGUUCAUGUAAGUUAGUACUGGCACAAAGCAGUCUACCUGCAGCAAACUUCAACCUACUGAUUAACCUUGCUUGUUGGCAAGGCAGAUCAGCCUGACAGUUCUCUGCAAAUGCCAGCUAUAGGUAUCUACAUUACAUUGAUUCAGCUGUGGCAGGCAAUUUCAGCAUCUGUGCAGACACUUUUCCUAGCCAUUUGGCCAAAUGGAAAAUAGAAACUUCCUAAAACCUGUAUUUCUUUGGCAACAGUAGGCAGAAUUAAAGUUUUCUGCCUGUUACUCAACUUUUGGACAAAAGGUGGUUCUGCCACACAGGAGCUGGGUAUAGAGCAUCCCUGCGCUAUCGGGGUGGGGGGUGUUGAAUGCUUUUUUCUUAGAGCUUGGUUGGUGAUGCCUCUGUGGCAUGUGGUAGGUCUAUGUUAGAAUGUAUUGAAAACUGUUCCCAAGAAGAGAGUAAAAAGCACUUUUGCUGAUGUGUAGUAUUUUAUCUUGUUUAGCGAUAAUUUCUACAAGGACAUGAGGGUUUUUUUGCUUCACUGUGCAGCAGAAUUGAUGGGAGUAACUGGUGUGUGGUGUCAGCGUUUGUGGCAGUAAGCAACAGAAAUGUGUAUAUGAGUGCUAAAGGAUUUCUGCUGCACAGAUGGCAUGUUUCAGGAGAGGGGAGCGAGAUUAAAAUAUGAACAUCUUAAUCUCAUAUUAAAAUUUUCUGGUGAGAAAAGUGUGUCCGGACUGUAAGAACUGAAUGAAUACUCCCUAACAAAUUAGUGGCUUAAAGAAGGAAACAGGAGUGGAUGAAAGGUAGUACAGCAGUCUCUGUAACAAAGGCUGAAAUUCCCACUAGAAGGUGUUGGCUAUUCAACAAUGCCUUCCAUCUGAAGUCACUGUUUUUACCAAAUUUCUCCUUUCUUCCUAGAGUAAUAUUCCUGCAUAUGCACUUGAUUCUUAAGAGACUGAAUAGACUGGAGUAGUUUCCAUUAGAGUGCAAAUAUUAAUUUCUGGCUAUAAGUUUUCAGAAAUUCCCAGUGAAAGCGGAGCAGAUGUGUCAAAAAUGGGUAAAAUGGGUAAAAUAGUAUGUCAGAGGAACCCAACCAAAGGAGAUCAGAGAGGACUGAUUUGAAAGAAUGUUUCUAACUAUUUACACUUACUGGUUAAUCCCAGCUGACUCUAAGAGCUUUCAGAAGCAGGGCGUAGGCAGACUUCUGUUCAGUGUGGCGGUCAGCACCCACAGUGCUCUAAUGCCGAGCUUUAAUUGGAGUAUUGAGUUAAUACUGGUCACUCCAUCUCGGUAAGAGAUGUAGUCGUAGAAGAUUGUCUCCUGAUGACAAAGUCUGGGAAGGUGGAUGUGUGAAAAGGAAAUUAAACAAGUCUGAUUCUGUUCACAGUCAAUAAAACAACAAAAAAAAAUAGUGGGAUUCAGUUAAAAUGAUAACUGGCAAAUUUGGCACUGGUGUAUUCUCUCAGUUAGAUAACCUAUACAAUUGCUUGCUUCACAUAGUUCUUUGUUUUAGAGAUUAGAUUAAAAGAAAUUACAUACAAGGAAACUACACUUUUAUCUCAAGUAAUGCUUAGUAACUUACGAAAAAGAAAGCAACUUGAAUUUUUUGUGUGACUUUGUAAAAUUAGGAGGUAAAUUAUCCAGUUUUCAAACCUAAUUUUGUAUCCAUGCUGCCGCCUUUUGGGGAAGGCACUGAGUUGAUGGAUUCCUCCAUUUGGACUCCUUUGUUGUAUCAUUUCUCAAAUAUUAUGAAUGUCACAUAGAGAUGAAUUAACUUUUUAUUUUGACAUGUGACCAUGAAUUCACAUCUAAAAUCAGGCAUGCUGAGAAGACAGGGUUGGUUGCAUUGGAGCCCAGUGAGAAUGUGGAGAGGCUGAGACAGAUUCAGCCAGUUGAAGAUGACUGAAAGACCUUCCUGGAAGUGCCCAGUUUAGAGGAUGCAUAGCAAUCCAUAGCUUUGUGACAACGUUUCUGUUAGCACACUGCUAGUUUAAAGUCAGUAAGCUUCUGAGUUGUGAAUUGCUUUUUGUCCACCAGAGGGUAUAAGCACAACAUGCAAUCAUGGAAAACUGGAGAGCAGUGUUAGUGUUAGCUGAAUUAUGACUGGCUGAACAUCAGUAUCUUCUGUGUUUGAGGGUGAAGUUAGUCCCGCUUAGAAAGAGAGAAUGGAAAAAAUGGGGCUUUAAUGGAGAAACACAAAGGACUACUGCAGUUUACUCCUGUUUGAAAGGACCUUUGGGCUUACUGGGCUUCCUAGUUGAACUGCUUUCCAGUGAGGUUUCCUGAGAUCACAGUCUUGGAGGCAGCUGUGUAAAUGGCUAUGUUUGUGAUUUGCCUUUUGCAAUUAAACCGUUUCUGUGUGUAUGUGUGCUUCAGUAGUGUUACUCUAAUUUAUCCUUGGAAUUUUAUUAUUUCCAGUAGAAUUUCCUGGUAAGAAUGAGUAGUUUCUUUCAAUUGGAUCUGUAUUAUGUGAAAAUAGAAGCAAUUUUAAUCUAAAAAUACAGGUGUAUCUAAUGGUUACUAUGGUAAUUUGUGACCAUAGCAGCAGAGAGUUAUCAUUAUGAAGAACUGAUGGAAGCUUGUUGGGGUGUGUGUGUGUGUGUGGUGGUGUUGCUGUUGUCAAGUCACCAGACUAAUUUAUGGUGUGCGAGUAUUUCCGGAGAAACACUGAUUUUUUUUUUUUUUUUCCAUGUGGAAUCACAUGGGUACGAGGGAUUUUUCUAUAAAGAGUACUUCGAUACUUAAAGAGUGAGAUUCUCUCUACUUUAAAUUAUUUGCCGGUGUGAGCUGAUCCACUGAUGUGGAGCAGCUCCUGAAAGAACACUUCUGUUCAUGGUUCAGAUAUGUAAUUUGUUAGUCCUUUAUUAAUUGAAGGAUGUUUCAAAUCAAAUUCCAAAUCCUUCAUUUCAUGUAGGAGUUUUGAACAGGCACCAGACUAAGUUAUUGACUCUCUGACUGCCCCGUAUCUUAGUAAUAUUGCUUACUCUGUUUGCCUUCUGCCCCCUCCCCAAAUUACAGACCACAGUUGAUUUCCAAGUGAUGCAACUGGAGUAAUGUGUCUUGUUCAGAUGGGUUCCCUCCUCCUAUCUGCUUUCUCUGCACACAGUCACAUUGAUAAGUAAAGUUCAGGAACUCAGACAACUAUUUCUGUUUGUGUAGUUUAGGCAACACUGGCUUAGCGGCACCUUGUCAGCCGGAAGUUAAUUAGUGACUCAGUGUUUACCUGCAAAGAUUUCUUGAGUUGGUCUGUAAUGACUCAAAUGGCUUAAUCUCAGCACUGCACUGUGAGUAGAUAGUUGAUUACAGAGGUAGGAGAUGCAAACCUUGUGUUGUUGGCACUGGCGUUUUAAAUUGCCCUUACAGCUCACGUACAAGAUGUGGUACUCUGCAAACCCAGUUUCCUUCCUAAAACACUUUCUGUUAAAGGAAUGUGAAAAUUCUUGAUUCAAGCCAUGGGCUGAGGGAGUGUUUCCAAUAAUCCAUCAUUGUGCUGAAGAAAGCUCUGUACUGUCCUGAACCAAAAAUACUUAGUGCGCACUUGUUAUACCAGUCACUUACUGAAAUAACUUUUAGGGGAAUGGGAGAGAGAAAGGUGUAGAGAAAACAAUCCUUAGGAUGGAUUGGAGGGGCAGGAAGUAUGCGGGCUUUCCUGGAGUUUGUCCGUAGAGAGACUCGGGCUCCCAAGAGGCAGCAGAGUCUUCGAGUGGGGAAAAGGCAGCAGACAGUACCUAGGCUUGUUGAACUCCCAGUGAGAGCAGGGGAGGUGCAUCAUGCUUUUUUGAGAAACAAAACGAGAGUUUGCUUCACUGAAGUUAUUUUGGAAGGGAAAGGGAAUAUGCCAGACGUUCCUGUUACUGGGUUUUGUGUCUAAUUCCCAUUGGCUUCAUUAGGAGUUGAGAAAAUAAAACUUUGAAUCUGAGUUCAAUUAUUUAAUGAUCUUUGUUGCAGAGUGGAUAGCAAUAGCCUGAAUGAAGUGGUAACACAUUGGGAAUGUACCAGUGGCAUAAACUCAUAGCCUAGAAUGAAAGCCAUGGUUUGAGGCAUGGUAUGAGAGCUGGCUUUUAAGUAGGAAUUCCCCAGGAAGAUUGAGUACAUCCUCAGAAGAGAACUGUGACUGCUGAGGAGUCAGAGGGCUGCAGCUGGUUUCCUCUGGACACACUUUUCCAAAGGGAAAAUUUAUUUGGCCGAGGAGCUUCGCACUAUCACCUAUCCCACUGGAGGAAAGUGGCCUUACGACCUGAUCAUGGGACGGGACUUAGAUGCCUUCCGAUUGCUCAGCUGGCCGGUGAAUUUAUUAUUGUGGUGAAAACUGAGGUAUUUGCAUUAACAGUUCAUUUUUUUUAGGGUCAGAGAAACACAUGCUUUCCAGAGAACUUCAUUUGGUAUUCCGGAUCUUGACUUCAGUGUCACCAAAAUUUGGGUUUUGUUGUGACAAUUACAUCAAAUAAUCUGAUCAUGAAUUUGUACAAUUUUGGAUGAUAAUGUCAGUCUUGACUGUCUUCCCCCCGUCAUUAGGAUGCAUUCUUUCCUCUAGCUGCGUUUUUCAGGAAGCAGCAGGAGGCACGUGAAUGUUUGACCUUGCAUCCUGUAAUGUAUGGGAAUCCUGGCAGGCUCACAGAGAGACAGUCUGAGAUUCUUUGCGAUUUUGAGAAAGAGGAGGCCUCUUAUCUCAGGUACCGCAGAUGAAAACUUACGGACAAAAAAUAGGUCCAAGAUGUACAAGGAGGUUCCUGUUGGAAAGAGCAAGAGAGUUUAGAAGAGGGUCAGACACUCUUUACUGACAGACUUUAAGAAAAAUUUGAUGCGUUUCUGUUCUGUUGUUUUUCACCAUAUGAUCAAACAGUUAAAUAAGCAACACUGAGCUUACAUGCAGGUGCUAAAUCUUAACUGUAUACUGUGCUUUGCCCUGAAGCAGUUGAGACCCCAGGAGCAUGUAUUGCAUUACAGGAAAAACUUUUUAGUAAUGAUUUAAAGAGUGAUACUAAUAAAUCCAGAGGCCUAAGAUCUAAAGAAGAUCCUAGAAGGAGGUGGGAAUGGGCCCUCAAGACCAAACCGGCAUAGAGCAAAUGAGAAGUCUCUGUGCUAGCUGCGCUCAGUGUUCCUUUUACAGGGGAGUGUGCUGGAUAUGAAUUUAGCCAAAGCUAAAUCACAGAAAUUUCUAAGCUUUCUAUUUUUCCUAGGCCCCAUUGGGAAUGUGGAGAAGAGAAAGGAAAUUGCAGAAGGCUGUCUCAUUGCUGCUAUAAUUUGCUAAUUCAGGGCAGUGAAUAUCUUGAAUUACAUUGAAUGUAAACUUCACAUAAAAGCCAACUCUUGUUACCAUUCUGUGCUUGCCACAGGAAUACUGUAAUACCGAUCUGCGGGGCAGUUGUGGUGCUCUAAAGCCGUUACUUCAGAAAAGCAAAAAGCAGAGAAAUUGCCAGCCCAGACUGAACCGGUCCAGCCAGUCCGAUCUCCUGCCUUUGAUGCUGCUCGGUCCGUAAUGAUAAGCAGUGGUCAGUGUGGAAUUAACACCCGUAUUGGAGACGCCUCUUCCUGACACCGUCAGCUUUUACCCGUGCUCUGAAGCCUGGUGGUGUUCAGUGCUUGGGGGAGAGGGGGGCUGAAUUCUUUCACUGCUUUUUGGUAGAGUAUAAAGGUUUGGUCACUUGCUGCAGUUUAAUGGCCUGAAGGCAGGAGCCUCAAGGCAUCCUGAUCUCGUGUUGUGCUCGCCUUGGUGCUCAGACUCUUUCAAGGCAUCCCUUUUUACAUUCUCUUUUGUGAAGACCCGUUAAAGGAAGUUAUAUAUCGGUUCUCUGAGAUCUCGCUCUUUUGCUGCCACGUUUAUUUUUUCCUAUUUCAAAGGACCUUUUGUUUCCCUCCUGUUUCUCCUCGGAGUGCGAUGCAGGAGGUUUCUGCCGUGCGGACGUGCCUUCAGUCCGCAGCGUGGCCGCUCGUCCUCGGCUCCCUCCCUCUCCCGCCCCCCUUUCUCUUUUGACUUUUCUGACAGAAGCACCUUCCCGCCAAGUUCCCCUCCCUGACAUGCUCCUAAGGGGCUCGAGCCUGUAAAUACAGCCCUUCUGCUGGGGUUAAAGAGUAUUCAGAACAGCUUUUUAUUUUAUGGUGUCAAUUCAGGCUGUAUCAAUUUGCUAAAGAUUGUCGUAGUCACGACAAGACAAGAAUGCAUCGUCCAAGGGCUGAAUUUUGAAUAUUGCGUAUUAUUACCUACUGUUUUUAGGUGAGUCCCUUUUGAAAGGGGUGCUCUAGGCAUAACUGAGCAAUAGGAUAUAGUGGCAUCUCUAGGCAAACGUUGCUUUGAUAGAGGCUUAGCUAUUGAUGCAAAUUUUGUUGGUUUGUAGAAGUUAUUUACUCAGUUUUUACUUCCAAUGUAUUUUGACAGAUAAAUUCCUCAGAUUAUUCGAACUGAAAUCUCUGUGUGUUGUUAGAAUAGGCUUAUGAGUUGUAGGUAUGGCUUUUUUGUUCUUUGCUGUUGAGCUUAUAUACUUUUUUUUCCCUCUCUGUUCUCUAGUUUCUUACUGAUGCUUGUGACUAUUUUUAUUGAAGAGGCUACUGUUUCGUUAUCUUUUCAAACUGUGAUCCUACAUUAUUUUAUCUGUUUUAAUUUAUUUUUCUUUUGUGUUUACAGUCUUCUGCCUUUCCCCCUCUCCACUGUUGACUAAAGAGAUGAAAAUUGAUGCAAAGCCCUACUCUUUCUGCCAUCUAAAAAUCAAGGCAGUUUUUAAUAAUCUGCUUUGUCCUGGCUUUGUUUCCUCAGUUGUUGCCUCUCAAUAAUUAGGUUGUGUCCACUUCCCAGCAGUUAACUGAGAACCUGGAUUCAAGACACGUAGAAGGGCAUUUGACACGUCUUAGGAUGGAAUGCACAGAGGUGUGCAAAGAAGCAAUCUAGAAAAGAUUUUUGGUGUAUCCUUAGGUUGCCCUUUCACUACUGCAGGUACACAUCACUGUAGACUCAAGUACCAUUACUGUUACUAAUCUAAGAGACCUAGAUUAUAGCUGCAAAUAACUUCUGGGAGGAGGAAGGGUAUUAAGCAUUUAUAUGCGCAGUGUUGGAGAGCAGUGAAUAUCUGGUUCUGGGUACGUGUUAGUCAACAUUAGACUGCUGGAACACCUAAGUAUGAAGUAUUAGACUGGUGAGGAAAUAAUUGCGGUCCUGUAGGACAGGUAGCAGGAACUCAGCUGAUUUACUAAAAUACCUGUGGUGCGGAGACAACAGACAGAGAGAAUGUGACAUUAACAGAGAAAACAGAGCAGUGGGAAGAAUUUUCUUGUGAUUAUCCUCAAUAGUCGGUCCUCCACAGGCCUUGCGAAGUGUGUAGUCAGGGCUCACAGGGGUGGUGACGGGCGUAGAGAGGAAUUCAGUUAGUUGUGUUCCAGCACCUCUGUACUUUUGGACAGUGCAGGGCCUCGAGCUGGUGGGCUGUGUUCUGCAGAUGGAACUUAAAAGCAGCAGUGACGGACUGUCUCUGGUUUUGAUCGAGUUGUAAUCCUUUCUGGCUUUGAAAUUCAGUCUGGCGUGUUCUCUUCAACUGUCGCUUUCCUUUGGGACGCUCGUGGGGGUGGAGUCUCUCUCUCCUCCUCCUUGCUGCUGGCUUUCACUGACAAUGAAUGUCAGACCUGCCAGCCUUCCGCCUCCAGGGAGGUCCUCAUGAAGGAGGCAGGUGUGCUGGUGCUUCUGCUUCAGCCGGCUCGUAGAUGCCAUUCCCACGCCCAGCAGUGAGGCUGAGACAUGUAUGUAGUAAACAGAAGAUGUUUGCCUGUGUUUCUGGGCGUAUGCAAAAUUAUUAUAUGGUCAUUUUGCUCUCUGCAUAAGUCUGUUACAUUUUAUGUCCCCACUUUUCCCAGGGGACAAGUCUAUAUUCGGGUAUUUAUUGUAGACUCAAAUGUGGCACAACAACACUUGUCUUAUGCUGCGUGACGAGAGCAGCAAUUAGAGUUGGGUGGAUUUGGACUUGGAGUUGCGUCCCUGCUACUACUGUAUUUGUUAGAACAGUGGCAGCACUUGAACUUCAACCUCUUUUCCUCCUGGGCUAGCAGGCUCACGUGUAAAGCACUACUGACCUUGGGAGUUUGAAGGUACCGGGCUAGAGAUGAUGAGCAAACAGCUCAGUCCGCUGGCACAGCAGUGGAGAUAAUCUCUGGGAUCCAAAAGGAUUAUUACCUGGUCAGGAGCACUGGUUGUGAUUUAUGAUGUGGACCCACUGCAGCUAUAUGUUUUUUAAUCAUGUGGCCAAUUAUGAGGCUUUGGGACCUUUUUGCACAUUCUGGAGGAGGCGUCUGCAAUUCUUAUCAGCCUGUGUAAUGAGGGUACGAAUACCUCUCCUGAGCUGGCACGCUCUUUCCUGCCUUUUGGAAAGGGGACAAUGUGUUCUUCAGAGCAUCUAGAAACCAUUAGAAUUGUUUCUAAAUCAUAAAAUCAUUUGGUUAAGUAAGACAGGGAUCAAAGGGAAAACAGGGAUACAAAGCAGUAAAGUGACUAAACAAUCUAUUUUUUGGUUCUGCCUUUGAUCUGACGUAUGCAACCAGGCCUCCUAUUCUUUCUGCUGGACCAUGCUGCAGGUGAAGAUCAAUGAAAUACUCAGUUUUAUUUUAGAGCCUCUUAGUCCACUGGCUAUAAGUGGUAAUAUCAGGGAUCUAAUGGUAUAUCCAGUGUUCCAUUUUUAGCCUUAAAAUGUGUAUGAAUUGUUCUGUUUCAUAUAAUAUGGCCCAGGUAUUUGACUGCUUUUUCCAAUUUGUCUUGUUCCAUUUCUGUUCACUUGUGAAGAGCUUUACUUGAAAGGUGUUAAGUGGGCAAAGACCCUUUUGAAAUGGGUGCAUGUUUAAAAAAAAAGGGGGUGGGGAAUCAAGGACUCUGCAAAAGAAGUGAAGAAAGCAUUCAGGGAACGUCCGUUUAAACCAUCCAAGCAGUUCUUGCAGGUCUUUGUAUAUUAGUGGGUUUUAGGUGAAAGAGGCCAAAACUUCCAGUUCCUUUGCACCCAAAAAAUACUGUUACUCUAAACUCCGGGAAAGCUCGAACAGUGAAACCUCUGCUGACUGCAGACAAAUAACACAUUUUUUUAAGUAAAACUUUAUUCUGUUAAUGAGAAUAAAAUCUUUAGCAGGCAUACUACACGACUGUGAUCGUAUAUAUCAAAUCCAUUUCAAAUCAGUUUUCCUGAUAGAUGACAGUGCAACAGCAGUGCAGUUCUUGUAGGAAUGCAAACACGCUGUUGCUAUGGAGCUUCUGCCAUCAUCCUUGUGAAAGGCACUGCAAAUGCUACCCAUGCUCAGCUUUCGGGAAAAAACAAUCAUAACCUUAAUCGAUUUAUACAGAAUUUAUUAAAUAUAUGUUUUAGCAGUAAGGUAGGGGAAACAGUCCCACCAGACUAGUUCAGAUUCUCUUCAGAAGGUGAGCUAGCUGCUGAGCUGGGAUUUGCGGUAAAUUUUUGGCUCCUCAUGCAGCAAGAGGGCAAAAGCCAGAAGCAGGGAAAGAAAACAUUACCAAUCAUCAUGUAGGUGCAGCCAAGCAAGUGACUAAGAGGAACAAAUAUCAGUUGGAUGAGGUCACUGUACACAGCGCUGCACACUUCUGUGGUAGAAGAAAAUACCCACCCUGAAGGAGCAAGAAACUAUUAGAUAUGAAGAAGUCUGGAAAAUCCUGGUCUGUUUAGAACUACUCAAAAUAGUAUGCACACGUUGUUUAAUUUAAAUUAUUCAUUUAGCCUUAGUUUGACACCAUCCUUCCUAGCCUACAAAUUUUUUUUGCUGGGCAGCUGUGCACCUCAGAUGGAUUUGUGGAUAUAGAAGAUGCUAUUUUACUAAACUUUACACACCUAGUUCCUUAAAUCUCUAUGCAUAAAAUACACUCUGAGUUUGAAUUUCCUUUGGUUUUCUGAAUUACUUUUUUUGUGCAGAAAUGUACAGUAAUGAACAUAGACUCCUUAAAAGAAGAAUGACCUUCUCCCGCAUGCAAGAUUAUGCAAAUGAAAAUCGCACACAGUGAUAUUUUCUUGCUACCAUUAUACAUAUCAAAUAUUGAUCUAACAGUUUCUUACUGCUCCAUGUAUCUUUUUUCUAGUUUCUUCCUCCAGGUGAAUAAAGACAUUAUUUCUUCUUGGAAGAAUAGUCUUUUCAGGUUGAUUUUUUUUUCCUUUUUCUUUAAAUUCAGUUCUUACCCUGAUUUUCCUUUAACCUUCUAAUGGUAUCAUCCUGUACCCUUGAAAUCAAAAGGAAUUUAGCUGUUAGAUGAACGCAGUAUAUCCCUUUGGCUUUCCUCUCUAUUCAACAGCAUUUACAAUGAACCUUAACUUACAUUAUUUGUGGAUUUAAUAUAUGACUCACUAAUGACUCUCUGAAGCAUAUCAGGUUUUCAAGUAUUCAGCUUCUUUUCAAUAACAUUUCUGUUGUCUCUGUCAAUGUAAGUGUUAUAUCCAGAUUUUUAAUUUUCUGAGGUAUAAUUAUAUGUGGUAGAGUCCUUAAUAAAAUUAAGUACUGCUGUGUUCCUUUCCUUCUGAAA